GCAAAACCAAACCAAACCAAACCAGCAGCUUUGCCGUGGUUUUCCUUUCCUCCGGCCGCCGGCGCCCCUCCAUCCCCUCCCCUCCCCUCCCCUGUUUCUCCCUCCCGCAACCCAAGCCAAACAUCGUCAUCUCCUUCCUCCCUUGGCUUCCUCCUCCUCCUCCUCCUCCUCACCAAGACCAAGAACAAGAACAAGAAGCGCCAACUAACCAACCAAGAACCAACGCCGGGAGAGGCCGCCGCCCAAUCCACCCAGCGCCAACGCCAACGCCAACGCCAACGCUGGGAAGAAGGAGGGAGGGGAAAUCGAGGGGAGGAGGAGAUGCGAAUCUCCUUUUCUCUUCCCUUCUUCUUGUUGUUGUUGCUGCUUCUUGGAUGGAUCGGCCCCUAAUGCCGCCCCGAUUCGAUCCACCACCUCCGCCGGCGUCCUCCUCCCCCGCUGGACCUGGACUGGAUGCAGCGGCCUCCUCCUCCCCCGCUGGACCUGGACUCGAUGCAGCGGCAGAUGCCUUCCUUUAGUCACGAGGACGGUGAAUCAACCAAUUGCUUGCCAUCAACAUCAACAUCCACCUCCACUGCUCUCUGCUCAAUGUGGUCUGAAUGAAUGAAUGCUAUGGUAAUGGUAAUGGUAAUGGUAGCACCAAGAGCAAGAGCAAUGCCGUGCUGGCUCCUCAUGUCACUGCUGCUGCUGCUGCUGCUGCCUCUGUCCUGGGCGGCCGAUUUCAGCCACUGUGGCGGCUGCGAUGACGACGGCGACGAUGGCCUGUGGAGCACGGACAACAUCCUGCAGUGCCAGAAAGUGAGCGACUUCCUCAUCGCCACCGCCUACUUCUCCAUCCCGCUUGAGCUGCUCUACUUCACCACCUGCUCCGACCUCUUCCCCCUCAAAUGGAUCGUCCUGCAGUUCGGCGCAUUCAUCGUCCUCUGCGGCCUCACCCACCUCAUCAACGUCUUCACCUACGACCCACACUCCUUUCACCUCGUCCUCGCCCUAACCGUCGCCAAGUUCCUCACCGCCCUCGUCUCCUUCGCCACCGCCAUCACCCUGCUCACAUUGAUACCCCAGCUGCUCAGGGUCAAGGUCAGGGAGAACUUCCUCAGGAUCAAGGCACGCGAGCUGGACCAGGAGGUGGGCAAGAUGAAGAGGCAGGAGGAGGCCAGCUGGCACGUGCGUAUGCUCACCCAGGAGAUACGCAAGUCGCUCGACAGGCACACCAUCCUCUACACCACCAUGGUCGAGCUCUCCAAGACGCUGCACCUACAGAAUUGUGCCGUGUGGAUGCCGAAUCAGGGCAGGACCGACAUGAUCCUCACGCAUCAUCUCAGGGAAAGGGAGAUCACCGAGUCGCACAGCGGCUCCAUUCCCAUCGGUGACCCGGACGUGGUCGACAUAAAGGCCACGAGGGGCGCAAAGGUCCUCGGGGAAGGCUCUGCGCUCGGGACCGCUAGCAGGUGCAAUCCUGAGGCAGGGGCCGCCGUCGCGGCGAUACGGAUGCCGAUGCUAAGGGUGUCCAAUUUCAAAGGCGGCACCCCGGAGAUGAUGGAGACAAGCUAUGCUAUUCUGGUCUUGGUCUUACCCGAGGAUGGUUCCCUAGGGUGGGGUGAGCAGGAGCUCGAGAUUGUCGAAGUGAUCGCCGAUCAAGUGGCGGUCGCGCUCUCGCAUGCUGCCGUUCUAGAGGAGUCUCAGCUGAUGCGAGACAAACUUGCUCAGCAGCACAGGGACUUGCUGCAGGCAAAGCAUGAGGCUGUGAUGGCAACCGAAGCCAGGAAUUCGUUUCAGAGCGCCAUGUACGACGGGAUGCGCAGGCCGAUGCACUCUGUCCUCGGGCUCGUCUCGAUGAUGCAGCAGGAAAGCAUGAACCCCGAGCAGAGGCUCGUCAUGGACGCCAUCGUCAAGACGACCAGUGUUGCCUCGACGUUGAUGAAUGAUGUCAUGCAAACAUCGACGAUGGACCGUGAGCACUUAUCUCUGGUGAGGAGGCCGUUCAGCCUCCAUUCCUUGAUCAAGGAAGCGGUCAGCGUCGUGAGGUGUCUGUGUGGCUCCAAGGGGGUUGAUUUCGAGUUUCAAGUGGAGAAUUCCUUGCCCGAAAGGGUCGUUGGCGACGAGAAGAGGGUUUUCCAUAUUGUCUUGCACAUGGUGGGCACUCUGAUAAACCAGUGCCGUGCGGGCUGCCUCUCUCUGUAUGUGAAUAGUUACAACGAGAUGGAUGACAGGCAUAAUAAUCAGGACUGGAUGCUGCUGCGGAGAGCAAACUUCUCUGCCGGAUAUGUGUGUGUCAAGUUUGAGAUUCGGAUGAAAAAAUUCUCUUUGGGUUCUUCUUCAUCUCCUCCCAGCCAAAUAAGUCAAGAGCCAUACGCUAGCAGUUCGGAGAUGGGCCUUAGCUUCAACAUGUGCAAGAAGAUUGUGCAGAUGAUGAAUGGUAAUAUCUGGUCCGUAUCAGACCCACAAGGGCUGAGAGAGACCGUCAUGCUGGCUCUCCAGUUCCAGGUGCAACAUGUGACCCCUGUCUCUGGAGCAUCCUCGGACCUAUACCGAUUAUCACCGAUCCCCAACUUCAACGGGCUUCAUGUCCUCCUCGUGGACGGCGAUGACAUCAACCGAGCCGUCACCCACAAGCUCCUGGAGAAGCUCGGGUGCCGAGUCUUUUCGGUCAGCUCCGGCAUCCAGUGCAUGGCGUCCUUUGCGGGCGGCGAGUCGUCCUUCCAGCUGGUGCUUGUCGACCUGACCAUGCACACGAUGGACGGGUUCGAGGUGGCCCUGGCGAUCCGCAAGUUGAGGAGCAACAGCUGGCCGCCGCUGAUCGUGGCCCUGGCAGCGAGCUCGGACGACAAUGUCCGGGACCGGUGCCAGCGGUCGGGAAUAAACGGGCUGCUCCAGAAGCCCGUCACAUUGGCGGCCCUGGGAGAUGAAGUGUAUAGAGUCCUUCAGCACAACUGAUGGUUGUGGUCUCUGUGGAUCUUGAUAGAUUACUGUAGCUACUGCUACUGCUACUGCUAGUAGUUUUGAUUAUGCCAGGUUAGGUCCCCAUACAACUCACAUGAAACAUUUGUGCACAAACAAAAAGGAAGGAAUUGUACAUUUCGCUUGGUUCCUUUGGGGAAGAAAAGGUGGGGAAUUUUGGACUAGGUUUUUUUAGGCUUAUUCAUUUGUAAAACCUCUUAUCUUGGAUCAUUAAUGAUUUAUGAUGAGGUAACUCAUUUGAGGCA